AUGCGAGAGGUGGCGGGCGGCAGGCACACGGGCAAGUGGCGCGGCAAGAAGUACAUGCCGAUCGAGAGGUACCGGGAGCUGAGGAAGAAGAGCGGCCGCCUGCGCUACCUCAGCAGGUGGACGGACCCGUCGCCGCCUCGCGGGGAGUCUGGCCGCGGCAAGCAGAACCACUUCCAUCUGCUGGACCGCUACAUCCGGAGAAUCGACUCCGUGGUGCCAGAGGACAUGGAGGGCUUGGUCAAGCCGAUUGGAUGGGAAGCCAACAUGGAGAACACGACCAAGACCAUCAAGUUCCUCCUCGGUGCGGGCGCCAAACUCGUGAACGAUAGCGUCAUUGAGCAGGACAUCCGCGACGCCGUCGCCCCCUACGUGCCCCUGCAGGUCGUCACCUGGACAGGGUGGCGCGACCGGCCCGAGCACUCUCCGCGGGCGCUGCCGCCGCGCGCCCCCGUCCCCGGGGGGCGCAUGGAGGACAACGGCGAAGUCCAUGAG